CAGGUUAGUUCUGCUCUGAACAGAGAAAUGGAGAACAGCACAACGGUGAGAGAAUUCAUCCUAAUGGGACUCUCCGACCUCCCAGCUGUCCGCUUCUCCUUGUUCGCUGCCUUUUUGUUCAUUUAUUUGAUCACCGUCAUGGGAAAUGGUACCAUCCUUCUUGCCAUAGGAGCAGACUCCCAUUUGCACAACCCCAUGUAUUUUUUCCUCACCAACCUCUCCUUGCUGGACAUCUUCUGCCCCACAGCCACGGUGCCUAAGAUGCUGGAGAGCCUCUUGUCAGAGAAUAAUAUAAUUUCCUUUGUUGGCUGCGCUCUGCAGCUCUACUUCCUAGUAGCCCUGGCGGGGACUGAGGUCUUCCUCUUGGCUGUCAUGGCUUAUGACCGCUACGUGGCUGUAUGUGACCCCUUGCGAUACACAGUCAUCAUGAGCAAGAAGGCCUGUCUUCAGAUGGUCGCUGGCACCUGGAUCACGGGCUUCCUCAACUCUUUGCUCCACACGGUACUGACCUUCACCCUACCUUAUUGCAAAUCCAAUAGAGUCAAUCAAUAUUAUUGCGACAUUCCACCCGUUCUGGCCCUUUCUUGUGCUUCCACCUACUUGGCUGAGAUGGUGGUUCUGAUUGUUGGGGGCAUUUUUGGGGUGGGGGCUUUCCUGGUCACGUUGGUCUCCUACGUCUACAUCAUCUCCGCCAUCCUCAGAAUCCGUUCUGCCGAGGGGAAGCGCAAAGCCUUCUCUACCUGUGCCUCUCACCUGAUGGUGGUGUGCCUCUUCUAUGGGACCACCAUCUUCACCUACAUACGCCCUUCUUCUAGCCACCACCCAGACCAGGAUAGGCUGGUGAGCAUGCUGUAUGGGGUGCUUACCCCUAUGUUGAACCCCUUGAUCUACAGCCUUAGGAACAAAGAAGUGAAAGGGGCAUUAAAGAGGGCGAUUGUGGGAUGGGGCAAGAGAAGCGGAGAGAGAGCUAGAGGUUUUUUCCACUGACGAAAAAAGAUUAAAUUAGUGCACUGAGGUAAUCCAAUACUGGGUCAAGAAAACACAAUAUUCUGCAUUCUUUAGAAAUGAGAAAAUCUCAUGUUAAUACCUACUGUUUCCAUGAACGCUUUGACUCUUCACUCUCUAGUACUUGAAACAUAAGAGAAAUUAUACAGUAAACUGUAUUUUCUCCCCCCUCCCUUUCUAUUCAAUCUCAUCUUAUUUGGGUGUUGUUUAAGAGUAAAGGAGGGGUUUAAUUAUUAUUAUUAUUAUUUUAUUAUUU